GUUACCGUUGCAAUCGCUCUCUCUCUCUGCUCUCUCUCUCUCUCUCAAUGGCUUCUUCAACCUCCGAAAAAAAUCGGAAAGCUACUCUGAUAAAGAAAGCCUCAGAGCUUUCUGUCUUGUGUGGUGUUGAUGUUUUAAUGGUGAUUUGCGGGUCUGAUGGAAGUAUGGAAGUUUGGCCAAACGACUCUGCCAAAGCCAAUUCCACACUUUCCAAGUACUAUCAAGCUAUUCACAAACCAAAACCCAUUAAUCAGAUUAAUAAUCUUAACAUCUCUAAUUCUGAUCUGCUUCAAUUUCCAUCGGAGAAGAAGGUGGAAGAAAUUCAAACUGAUGAUUUUGCGAAGCUGGAAAAUUCUGAUCUGGUUGGCUUAUCAGAUUACUUGGAGACCAAGAUUCGAUUUUUGGAUCAAAAAAUCGAUGAGUCUUUGACGAUGAACAAGGGAAAGGAAAUUAUCGUUUACAAUGAAGAAAAUCAUGAAGAAGAAGAAGAAGAAAGAUUAGAUGGGUUUUGGUCUGACAUUCUGAAUAACUUAGAUCAAGAAUCUUCUUCUGAGAAACCAAAUUUCCCUUUUGAUUACGGCGUUGGAAAUACCUCCUCUAGUAGUAGUAGCAGUAGUAGCGUUAAUGCUGGUGAUUAUCAGAUGGGUUUUGGGUCUGAGUCUUUGAUGAUGAAGGGCAAGGAAAUUCAACACUGCAGUGAAGAUCAUGAAGAAGAAAGAUUAGAUGGGAUUUGGUCUGAUAUACUUUUGGAGUUAGAUCAGGAAUGUGAGCUACCAAGUCUCCCUUUUGAGUAUGGAUCUACUAGCAUUAAUGGCAGUGAUUAUCGGUUGGGAGCUGUGGAGGCAGAUUUUGGAUAUGGCGUGGAAUCAGGAUGGUAUGAGGAACAAAGUCAUCUUUGUGACCCAUAUUUUGGGUAUUCCACAGAUGAAUUGGGUUUGGAAUAUAUGAUGGAACCAAAUCCAAAAAGACAGAAACUUGAACACUAACCAGAUUUUGUUGGACCAAAACAUGGACGAUAUUGAAUUUGUCAUCAACACUACCACCAACAGGCCAUGACUCUUUUUUAUAUAUAUAUAUAUAUAUAUAUAUUUUUAUUGGUUUUGGUAGUAGAAAAAAGAAGUCAAUUUUUGAUGUCUAUGACACGAAAAUGUAUAUCAGCUUUUUUGGAAUUUUAUGAUUAUUUUAUGUUUACUGUGAUUUUGAAUUUAGACACAAUUAU